GAAAAAAAAUAAAAAAAUAAAAACCCCUAACAGAUGAAGAUCAUAUAAAUCUUAUCCAUCCGAAAAUCUUUCGAUCAAAUCCCUUUAUCAGGCACCCGUUUUGGAUAAUAAUUCAUCAUUUCUCAUGGCACAGCAAGAGACCAUCGACAAAACUCCCCGCCGCAUCAAAAUCAUAGCCGGAGCCGAUGCCUUCGGCUGCAACUUGAAAGACACACUCUUAACCCACCUCCGUUCUCAGAACAUCGAAGUGGAAGACCUCGGAACUGAUAAGUACUACUCCGUCGGCGAAGAAAUCGGCCGCCGUGUCAGCCAGGCAAACACCGAUGAUUCCGUCGAAAUCCGUGGCCUACUGGCUUGUGGCACAGGCGUGGGUGUUGGCAUCUUUGCUAACAAGUUCCCAGGAGUAUACGCCGCCACCUGCCUCACCCCAGCUGAAGCGCUCAAUGCUCGGUCCAUCAAUAAUUGUAAUGUUCUUGCUGUCUCUGGUAUGUCUACUGCCCCUGAGGUUGGUUUAGAUAUUCUGAACACCUUCCUCAACACCCCCUUUAAGGCCCCGUGCCCCGCUUCCGGGUCCAAUCCGUGGCCGGAAGAUAUCCAGUCCUUUUUUGACACGUCUGUCAAAGAAAUGUCUGAAAUUGGGAAAACUAAAAUCGAGAAGAAAACUGAUGGUAUUGCUGAUUCUCCGGGUUUUAUUUGCUCCCUGGCGAAAAGCCGGGAUCAAAAGGAGUUUUCGCCUGUGGAUAUAUUGCCUGGUGCGUCCAUGAAAAUUUUGAGGGAGACACCUACAUCGGCUAUAAUGAGGUUUAAGGCCGGCAGCGUGGAGCCGGCCCAUCAUCAUACUUUUGGGCAUGAUUUGGUGGUUUUAAGUGGGAGUACAUGUGUGUGGAACUUGACGAAAGGAGAUAAAUAUGAAUUGGGGGUGGGGGAUUACUUGUUUACACCGGCUGGAGAUGUGAAUAGAGCGAAGUAUUUUGAGGAUACUGAGUUUUUUAUCAAGUGGGAUGGACACUGGGAGGAAUUGUUCUUGGAUGAGGAUCUUGCUGCUGCCAAUGCUGCUAUUGAGAAAGAGAAACAGAAGUAAUUACUAGCUGAUAUGAUAAGUAUUAUACUUGUAAAUUUCCUUGCACGAAGUUAUUGGUUAUGUGUCGUUUGUGUUGGUUUGAUUUACUAGUUUUUCUUCGGCUGCUCUUUUGUUAUAGUGUACUGGUUUGAUCUUUUAUAAGCCUGAGUAUGUAUAUGAAGUUGUAAUGAAAUCUUUUUGUGACCGAAA